CAUUGUGUGCACUGAAUAUGUGUGUAUGCGAACUUUGAGGAUUUACUAAGAAUGUUGGUUCAGCACCGUAUCAAUGUACUUAUGUGGUAUUCUAUGUUUCUAUCAAUAGGGAUAUAGUAUGCAUAUAGUUCGGAUGCAGAGGGUAAAUAAGAGCCAAUGGCUAAACUGAUGUCCAUUUACUUUUGAAUAUAAUCUUAACAAAACACAUGUACAUUAAAACAGUUAUUUGUCAACAUUCAUAAGAAUAAGCUAAGAUCCUUUGUGCAUCUCCUGGUCACUAUAUCAUUGCUGUCUCAGCAGUGCAACAGAAGGGUCAGCCAUGUAGCCUUUUAAGCUCUCAGAGCAGAGCUCUCUCUGGUGGUAAUGUACUCUGAUACUCCCUGGGGAUGGGCUCUAACUAUCUUUCUCCAUCUGGCUCUCUCUCCGCUCUCCAAGAUCAUCCCCAUCGCUUUAUCCAUAGCAUCCCUCCCUACUACUCACAGUAGUAUUGAGUAAGAUUCAAACACACACACGCUCUGUACAUAGAGGUUGAUUUGUCAUGCGGUUGUGGAUUUAAGGUGUUUAUUUAAUAUACGAAUGAUAUGAUAGACAGAGACAUAAGAGAAAAUGUGAUCCAACAGACCACUCUGUGAAGUUGUCUUCGUACAUACAUGGAAGGAAUUAAUUCAUCUCUGUAACAGGAGUCAUUAUGAGCAAGUCAAAGGGCCCAGAGUACCCUUCCUUCUCUCUGGAGACGGAUGACAGGACGGAUGAUGAGAGGGCACAGAGCAGACAGGUGAAGAAGCCUGACCGGCUGGUGUCUGCCCUAGGCUUAGGCAGUUCGGGGGGGCCCAAAACCCCCAUGGACUCAGACUACCAGGAUGAGCUGGAGGAGGCCGCUCCCAAGAUUAGAUUCAAUCUCAAUUUUGACAAGGAAGUACGAUGUUUGGAGGAGAACAAAGAGGACAGGGUCAGCAAGAGGUUUGACAUCAAGAGGCUGUUUGAGGCCGUGUCCACUGGUGACGUCAUGAAGCUGGAAGGGCUGCAUCAGUACUUGCAUCAGUCCAUGAAGAAGCUCUCCAACACUGAGUAUCAAUCGUAUGGUAAAAACGUCCUGCUGAAGGCUCUACUGAAUCUGAGAAAAGGCAGAAAUAACACAAUUGAAUAUCUUCUUGACAUCUCAGAGAAGAUGGGGGACAUCAAAGAAUUUGUAAAUGCUGCAUACACAGACAGCUAUUACAAAGGUCAAACAGCCCUUCAUAUUGCCAUUGAGAGAAGGAGCAUCUAUUUUGUUGAGCUAUUGAUCAAGAAAGGAGCAAACGUCCAUGCCAAAGCCUGUGGGAAAUUCUUCCAGGCCCAUGAUGGACCCAGCUUCUACUUUGGUGAGCUGCCUCUGUCUCUGGCUGCAUGCACCAACCAGCCUGAGGUGGUGGACUUCCUGCUGGAGAAUGACUACCAGAGAGUGGACGUGAGGGAGAGUGAUUCCCUGGGUAACAUGGUGUUGCAUGCCCUGGUGGUGUUGGCUGAUAACACACCAGAGAACACUGACUUCAUCACCUCUAUGUACGACCACAUCCUCACAACAACUGCCCGCCUGCACCCCGAAUGGAGGCUGGAGGACAUAGAGAACAACCAGGGCCUGACGACUAUAAAACUGGCUGCCAAGACUGGCAAGAUCGGGCUGUUUAAGCACAUGAUGCAUCGUGAGUUCCAGGAGAGGGAGACCAGACACCUGUCCCGUAAAUUCACUGAGUGGGUUUACGGACCCGUCCACUCCUCCCUGUAUGACCUGGCCUCAUUGGACUCCUACGAGAAGAACUCUGUCAUGGAGAUCAUCGUCUACAGCAGUGACAUUCCUAAUCGCCAUGAGAUGCUGCAGAUUGAGCCUCUGAACAGGCUACUGGAGGAGAAGUGGGACAAGUUUGCGGCUCGGAUGUUUUUCUUAAACUUCCUGGUUUACCUGGUUUACCUCUCCGUCUUCACUGCUGUUGCCUACAACAGGAAGAAGGGAACGCCACCUUUUACUCUGGAACAUACCAGACAGGAGUACCUGCGACUCGCCGGUCAGCUUUUUAUAACUGUGGGAGCCUGCUAUUUCUUCAUAAGAGGGAUAUUAGACUUGAAGAGAAAACGUCCAAGCCUGGACACUUUGCUGAUUGACGGAUACAGUGAAAUCCUUUUUUUUCUGCAGGCGAUCUUCUUCCUGGCCUCCUUAGUGCUGUACUGCUGUGGUAGGGAGGAGUACCUGGGGUUUCUGGUGCUGUGUCUGGCUCUCAGCUGGGUCAACCUGCUCUACUUCUCCAGGGGAUACAGACACAUGGGCAUCUACAGUGUCAUGAUACAGAAGAUGAUCCUAAGUGAUAUCUUGCGCUUUCUCUUCGUCUACGUUACCUUCCUCUUUGGGUUUUCAGCAGCGGUGGUCACUUUGCUGAUGGAACCUGAAUUGCCGGCCAGUAAUACAGCACAGCCAAUAAACAGCACAGAUGGAAAAGGUCGUACCCUUUUCCUUCCCACUGAGGAUUCGUGUAUAAAACCCACCUUCAGGAACAUCUCUCACACUAUCAUGGAGCUGUUCAAGUUCACCAUCGGCAUGGGAGACCUGGAGUUCACAGAGGGGUACCAGUACAAGGAAGUGUUUUACAUGCUGCUAAUCUCCUACAUCGUGCUCACCUACAUCCUGCUGCUCAACAUGCUCAUCGCCCUCAUGAGCCGCACUGUGGAGAAGAUGUCCCUGGAGAGCACCAGCAUCUGGAAACUACAGCGGGCCAUCACCAUCCUGGAUCUGGAAAGGAGCCUGCCUCGCUGCUUGAGAAGGAGGCUUCGUUCUGGGGUGGACAAGGACCUGGGGACCAGGGCUGGAGAGAAAGACCGCCGAUGGUGCUUCAGAGUGGAGGAAGUCAACUGGAACAAAUGGAACACCAACCUGGGAAUAAUCAAUGAGGAUCCAGGGAGCGGAGAUACGGCCAGGCUGUCCCCUUCACACAGCAGCAGAACGCUAGGCAAAGAGAGGAGCUGGCGGGGGUUCCUGGGAAAUGUCAGUCGAAGACAACAUACACAGCCUCAGCAUCAAAUACAAGUAGAGAGCACAGAGAUGUCCUCUCUGUCUCCUCUCAGCCAUGUCUGAAGUCUGCUCUCGCAUCCUCCUGACCUAGAUGGUUCUCUUCCUUGCAAUGAUUGUGAUGUGUGGUUGUUUUACCAAUGCACUGAUUUCAUUCAAUUACUAAAAUGUAUAUGUACUCUGGUUUAGUCCAUUCGUGUGGUUUAUAGACCCAAUAGGAGGGUAGUGGAGGGUUCUAGCCUCUAGAGGGCAGGUUUAAACAGCAAACACAUUCACUCCACUGUUAUUGUGAUUUACAAUAUUGAUUUAUUUAUACUUCAAGCUGAUUGUUAGAUUUAACAGUAUAUGUGCCCUAAAAUGACUGCAAUCUGUGUUGAGCAAAUCGUAGGGAUGAGAUCUUAAUACAUUGGAAAUCAUUGCAAAAGUGGUCCUUAAUCCUCAUAUGUUUUACUUAAGCAAUAACAUAAAACUGGAAAACUGUAUAAAUGUAUGGUUAUUUUAAUGAACUAAUGUAUUGACAUACUUA